CACCAAUAUUAAGCUGUGAGAUUUUUUUUCAAGAGGGUUUGAAUUUUCAAUCUUACUAUUUCCCAAGAGUCUUUGAUCACCAUAUCCUCAAGUGUGGACAUGUGUUGCCAGGGAGAUGCUUUGGUACAAAGAGUGUGUGAAUUGUAUGAGAAAAUCUCAAGCCUAGAGAGCCUCAAACCCUCCCAAGAUGUCAACAUGCUCUUCACCCAACUCGUCCUGACAUGCAUACCACCAAGUCCAAUCGAUGUUUCCAAGUUAUGCCGAGGGGUGCAAGAAAUAAGGUCAAAUCUUAUAAGGCUUUGUGGAGAAGCAGAAGGACUUUUGGAGAAUCACUUCUCAACAAUCCUAGGCUCAUUUGAGCACCCUCUCGACCAUCUCGACAUUUUCCCUUACUAUUCCAAUUACCUCAAGCUUAGCAAACUUGAGUUCAACAUCCUUAGCCAACACUUCACCCGUGUGCCUAGCAAAAUUGCCUUUGUGGGUUCUGGCCCUCUUCCCCUUACUUCAAUUGUCUUGGCCUCCAAUCACCUCACCAAAACCUCUUUUGACAACUAUGACAUCGACACAUUGGCCAACUCAAUGGCUCUUCGCUUAGUGUCAUCCGAUCCUGACCUAUCAAAAAGGAUGGUCUUCCACACCACAGAUAUAAUGGAUGUCACAACUGCUUUGAAAGACUAUGAAGUUGUGUUUUUGGCUGCUCUUGUUGGCAUGGACAAGAUGGAGAAGCUGAAAAUUAUCGAUCACUUGGCGAAAUACAUGGCUCCAGGAGCAACUUUGAUGCUAAGGAGUGCACACGGCGCGAGAGCUUUUCUUUAUCCGGUGAUUGAUCCUUGUGAUGAUCUUAGAGGGUUUGAGGUUCUCUCUGUGUUUCAUCCCACCGAUGAAGUCAUUAAUUCGAUUGUCAUCGCGCGUAAAUACGCAUUGCCUGUUCAGCACUCAUCAUCAAUUGAUUCUCAGGAGAUUAAUAAUGCUGGUGCCAUUAGACUUCCCAGCAAGUGUUGUGAGAUUGAAGCCUUCAAUCCUUUCCAUAAACUUGGAAACAUGAUUGAGGAGUUGGCCUUCGAGGAGCAGCUUUAAUAAAACAUCGAUCCUGUGAUGAUUUUUCUUUAUAUGCCUUCAUCUAUGUUGCUUGCAGGGAAAUAAAAUCCAUUUAUUUGGUUUAACUGAUAUGUGUUCAAUGCGCGUGUAUCUGACCUGUGUUUAUAUAGCUACUUAUUAUCGUGACAUAUCCAAUAUGUGUUAUGGAAUCCAAAAUUAUAAUAAAAUCACAUGGAAAUUGGAUCCUUAUUUUGGAUACA